GAGAGAUGGAGAUUGUGGCAGAAGAAGAGAGCGUGAUCUACCACUUCAGCCAUGUCCAUGCCCUGCAACUCAACCCGGCCCUCAAACCAGUUUCUUCCCAAAAUGGCCGCAGCAAAACACAUUGCUGCGGAUCCGUCCUGGACGCGGCAGAGCCAGAUCCGAUCUAUGGCUGCAACCGCUGCAACUUCUUCAUCCACAAGGCCUGCGCCGAGCUGCUCCCUUACAUCCGCCACCCGUCUCACCCUUCUCACACCCUCACCCUCGUCCCCACCUCCCCUUACCUAGACUACGGCACCGCGGAAUGCGAUGCCUGUGCUAAGACCAUCAAUGGCGGUUUCUUCUACCACUGCACCCACUGCGACUACGAUCUUCACUCCCACUGCGCCUUCCUCCCCCACUCCCUCGGCCAUGGCUCCCACAGGCAUCGCCUCUUCCUCGACUUUCCCUCUGCUUAUGGCACAAGCGCUUUUGAUUGCGACAUCUGCGGGGGAAGAAUUGUGCGGAAGACAUGGUUCUACCACUGUAGGGCGGCCUGCGACUAUGAAGCUCAUGUUGACUGCGCCGUCGCUCGGCCUGAUGGUGCCGUAAUUCCCCGAGAAGAUCGAGCUGCAGAUCGUGGUGCGGAGAUUCACCACCAUGGAGAGCAAUCUGAAGGUGAGGAUGAGGACGAACUUCAGAACCAUUUAGAAGUCGCCAGAAAAUUGCUUCAUAUGAGAAUGUUGGAGGGUUCUUCCCUUCAGCAACAGAAGAUGCAGGAAAUGGCCGUGAACCAAUAUGCAAAGGGACAAGCAAUCAGAAACAGCAUGUUCUGAACGCAAACGAAACGGAAGUUAUCACCGGUCGAGAAGGGUAUAGACCAAAUUAACGAUGAUAUCUGGUUUUGUUUCUGCUCCCUUGCAGAUCGAUUCCUUCAUGGAAGAUAUGAUGGAAGAGCAAAGAGGCGAUCGUAGUUGCAGAAGUGAAAGUUCCUAGCCAACAGUUUAAAUUUGUAGUCAUAUUCAUAUAAAAAC